AUGUCUGCAAAGUUGAGAAAGGCACCAGCAUCCCUCCCACAAACUUCCGCAGAGCCUGACAAAAUUCUGACAGUGAAGAUGGAAGAAGAAGGUCAGGGCUGUGAUCGGGACUCCAGCCUCCACUGGACCAGCCGUUACAGCCCAGAGACCUUCCGCCAGCGGUUCAGGCAGUUUGGCUACCAGGAUUCACCUGGGCCCCGGGAAGCUCUGAGCCAGCUCCGGGCACUGUGUCAUCUCUGGCUGAGGCCAGACGUGCACACCAAGGAACAGAUUCUAGAACUGCUGGUGUUGGAGCAGUUCGUGGCCAUCCUGCCCAAAGAGCUGCAGGUCUGGGUACAGGAGCAACAGCCGGAGAACGGAGAGGAAGCCGUGGCUGUGCUGGAGGAUGUGGAGAGAGAGCUCGACGGGCCAGCAGAGCAGGUCUUAUUUUUUGGACAAAGAGAGGACAUGUUUGCAGAGAAGCUAGUGCCUAGACAAGUACCACAGGAGUUACCACGUAGCCAGCUCAAACCCAGCAAGAAGCAGCUCCCAUGGGCAUCGUGGGAACACCACUCCUUGAGACAGAAUGAUGUGGAUACCAAAACUGUAAGUGUGGAAUCAGCUUCAAGGCAAAAGACUUCUUCAGGCAUCAAACUGCAUUCCAGUGUUUCCAACACCCCUCGUCUGAAUGCGUCCCAGAGUUUCACAUAUAGAGGAACCUACAGGCAAGAUUUCAGAUUUGAAAGAAGACAGGCAAAUCCCUCUAGAAAAAAACAACACAAGUGUGAUGAAUGUGGCAAAAACUUUAGUCAGAGCUCAGCCCUUAUUCUACAUCAGAGAAUCCACAGUGGGGAGAAACCUUACGCGUGCAAUGAGUGUGCAAAGGCUUUUAGCCGCAGCGCAAUUCUUGUCCAGCAUCGAAGAACCCACACGGGGGAAAAACCCUACACGUGCCAUGAGUGUGGAAAAGCCUUUAGUCAGAGCUCCAAUCUUUUCAGACAUAAGAAAAGACACACUAGAGAAAACAUCCUAUCUGUGUCAUGA